GCCGGUAGGGGAAAUAUUGUACAUCGAAGAAGUUGAACACAUGUUGCUAUCUUGGUUUUGACAACAAGAACAGUAUGUGCAAGUUGGAGAAUAAUCGUAUUUAGUAAAGCAAGAUCUAUUACAUUUUAUACCAGCUAGACAAGGCACGACUGAUCACGUCCGUUGGUACUGGGCGCAUAGAAUAGCUAGAUUUCGCGAGAAGAAACAAUCAUGAAGACGACAACCAAUUUGAUAGCCCUCAUUGCUUUAUUCACGAUAUUUAUUCACCAAUCAGAAUGUUUGCAUGCCGUCAUGUCGUUAGAUCUAGGUUUGGAAUGGAUGAAAAUUGCCAUUGUCAAGCCUGGUGUUCCCAUGGAAAUAGUGCUCAACAAGGAAUCGCGGAGGAAAACUCCGGCAAUAGUCGCAUUAAAGGAUGGAGAGAGACUGUUUGGUGAUCCUGCAGCUGUCAUGGCUGUUCGACAUCCGAAGUUUGCUUACGGAUACGCACUGGACCUUCUUGGUAAGACCAUGGAUAAUCCAGCAGUUGUGCUGUUCAAGAACAGGUUCCCCCAGUACACCGUCGUGGCGGACGAUCGAAGGAACACCGCUGUGUUCGAACAUCCAAGUGGUGAGAAGUAUAGCGUAGAGGAAAUCAUCGGCAUGUCUAUAGCAAAGGCACGAGAAUACGCCGAGGAUUUUGCAGAACAGAAGAUCAAAGAGGCUGUGAUAACGGUGCCAGCGUAUUUCAAUCAGGCAGAGAGAAGGUCGUUGCUACAUGCUGCUGAGAUUGCUGGUGUGAAAGUUCUGCAACUGAUCAAUGAUAAUACUGCAGUUGCGUUACAUUAUGGAGUCUUCCGAAGGAAGGAUUUCAACUCUUCAGUGCAAAACAUCAUGUUUUAUGAUAUGGGAGCAGGGAGUGCAGUAGCAACAAUAGCAUCAUAUCAGCUAGUGAAGACGAAAGAAGCCGGUUAUACUGAGACCAUUCCACAGUUGUCCAUAAAAGGUGUUGGGUAAGAAUAUACACUUCCAGAGAAGACACAAUUACAGUACACAUCUUACACUCGUGCGCGCAUGACCGUGAUAGUGUCUGUGACAUUGACUGUGAUAGUGUAUGUGACACUGACUGUGAUAGUGUCUGUGACAUUGACUGUGAUGGUGUCUGUGACAUUGACUGUGAUAAUGUCUGUGACAUUGACUGUGAUAAUGUCUGUGACAUUGACUGUGAUAGUAUCUGUGACAUUGACUGUGAUAGUGUGUAUGACAUUGACUGUGAUAGUGUGUGUGACAUUGACUGUGAUAGUGUCCGUCACAUUGACUGUGAGUGUCUGUGACAUUGACUAUAAUAGUGUCCGUGACAUUGACUGUGAUAGUGUGUGUGACAUUGACUGUGAUAGUGUCUGUGACCGUGGCAGUGUCUGUGACAUUGACUGUGACCGUGGCAGUGUCUGUGACCGUGGCAGUGUCUGUGACCGUGACAGUGUCUGUGACCGUGACAGGUUGUUCACGGCGCAAGCGAAGACCUCCCAGAGUGUUUACGAGAGUCCUCGAGCCAUGGCGAAACUGUUCAAAGAGGCAGGCAAGGUCAUGACUGUGCUGAGUGCCAAUUCAGAGUUUACAGCUCAGGUGGAAAGUUUGCUCGAUGAUAAAGACUUUAAGUCGCAUGUGACGAGAGCAGAAUUUGAAGAGCUGAAUCAUGAUCUGUUUGAUCGGGUGGCUAACCCAGUGAAGCAGGCUCUGACCUCUGCGGAAAUGACGCUGGAUGAGAUCAACCAAGUGAUUAUAGUAGGUGGCAGCACUAGGGUACCCAGAGUGCAACAGGAACUGAUGGCAGCCAUUAAAAGGAAAGAGUUGGGUAAGAGCGUGAAUGCGGACGAAGCGGCCGCGCUCGGUGCUGUCUACCAGGCCGCCGUUCACAGCAAGACAUUCCGUGUGAAGAAGUUUGGAGUGCGCGAUGGAAACCUCUACCCAAUACAGAUUGCUAAGGUAAAUCUCACAGGAGUGGAAGCUGCACUAAAGAAGCACAGUGAUGAGGCAGAUGCAGACUUCAAAGGAAUCAAGGCGCAUUUCAAGAUGGAUGACAGCGGAAUUAUCGUUCUAGACACGGUGGAGUCGGUGUUUGAGGUUCCGCCACCACCAGAAGAGGAAGGCGAAUCGACGCUUUCCAGACAACAACCAUCGCAACCUGGCUUGUUUUCUGAACUGGGAAAGACCUUCUCCAAAAUGUUCUCCAGUUUGAAGGAUGAUGAUAACGAGGAGGAAGGCAAGGAAGGGAAGCAGGAGGAGGAGGAGGAAAGCAGCAAUGAGGAGCCUGAAGAAGGCAAGGAUGAGAAGGUGGAGAGUGAUGCGGCAAAGGAAGGGGAUGCUGAGAAGGAAGGCGGAAGCAGUGCAGAUCAGAAAAAUGACGAGAAAGCCGACGCGGCGGUGGACGGCAACAGCAGCAGCAAUGCCGCUACCAAUCAGAGCGAGGCGGCGGAGAAAAGUUCGGAGCCGCGUAAGCCUCGGACGAUCAAAGACCCAAUAGAAGCGAGCGUCUUGAUUGAUGACACGCAGGAGAUGACGGCCGACGAAAUCGACAACUCCAAGGCUAAAAUGGCCAUUCUGGACAAGAAAGAUCGCGAGAAGGCGGAGAACGAACAUGCGAAGAAUGCCCUUGAGGCGUUUGCCAUCGACCUUCAGGCGAAGCUGUGGGAGCCAUCCUAUGAGAGCGUGUCGACGGAUGAGGAGCGAACGAGCAUCCGCGAGCAACUCAGCGAGACAUCUGAUUGGCUGUAUGAGGACGGCAGCGAGGCCAACACUGACGUGUACAACGCGCGGCUGAAGGCACUGCAGGAGCUCAGCGCGGACCUGACGCUGCGAGAACGCGAGUACAACCAGCGACCGGUCGCGAUCAAGUCUCUGCUCGAGGCGCUCAACUACUCGCAGACAUUCCUCAACACGUCGCGCGCCAUCGCGGUCGACGCACAGAUAUUCACCGACGUCGAACUGAACACCCUUGAGAAGAUCAUCAACGAGACCAAGAGCUGGUUGAAGCAGACGAAGAAAAAGCAGGAUAAACAUCCGCUGCACAGCAAGCCUGUGUUGUUGGUUCAGGAUUUAGCCGAGAAGUUCAUGACAUUAGAUCGGGAGGUGAAAUAUCUGUUGAAUAAAGCUAUGAACCAGCCUAAAAAGAAGCCUAAGAAUGACACGCUGACAGAUGAUAUCAAGAUCAAAGAUAAGACAAAGUCCCCAGAUUCACCAUCAGCCAAUGAAACAAGUGAAACAGACUUAAAUAAAGACGAGACUGUACAAACAGAAGAGCAGCCAGACAUGUUUGAAGAGCCUACAGAUGGAGCCACUGACGGUGUAGGCGAGGAAGAGGUGCAAGAGGUGCCGCCCCCAGUCGACGUGAAAGAAGAAGAAGAAGAAGAAGCAGAUAGAGGACGCAAAAGAGGAGAAUCAGGCCUCAGACUCCCAUGGACAUGAACCGGACGAUGAGCUAUAGAUUGAUGUGACGUUGGUCGUUUCACAACGGCAGGGUGGCGCGUGGUAUAGAGGGCAGCACGGGUGGCGAUUUUGCGAGAGCGGGGCUGGUUAGCAUGAGUUACGUGUACUGGUUGUAGUGCUGCCUAGCAAUUCGGUCAGCAUCCUUACGUGAUAUUUUUGCAUCUUCAGCAGUCACCCAGGGGGGUAUCCGAUGCUACUUCCACUUAACGGCCGACUUUGCAUUCUGCAAUUGCGCCGCGUUUCACAUAGGUGCCGGAAACAUUGUUGUGUUUCAUUUGUUUGUUUCGUACAGUCAGUAUCUGUGUUGAUUUUAUGGGCGUAAUAUGAAAGAAUUGCAGCAUGUCAACUGCUUGAAAGGCACAAGCCAAUAUUCAUUCAGGAUAAAGAAAGCAGGCAGCAAAAUUUAAAUUUGUAAUCAUGGAUAUUUCAAUGAUUCCUGCAUUACUACAUCCCACGGUCCAAUAUAUCACUAUCAAAUGAGCAAGACUUACAUUUGUUUAUAUGCUUUCUGUGAAUCCUCACUGUAAUAUGCUACCUGCACCACCGUUUUAUAUUUAUUGAGAAAUUCGUGUUAUCGUGUUAUACUCUGGCUUCGUCUGUAUAUAUUGCAUAAUUUUAUAGAUGGUUUCGUCCCCAGACGUUGGAAUAUCUAUUGGUAAGCUGUCAUUAAAAACUAAGUGUACUGCAGGGUGAAUACAAAGAAUAGCCGCACUAUUUGCGUCACCAGUAGCGCAAGAUCACUUCGAAAUAACUUGAUGGAGUCCCUGUGAAUGUGUGUAGUAGAUGUCAGAGCGUGAGAAGGUGCAUUGUUGCUAUCUGGCGGUGUAACGGUGACUGACACGCGGCCAUGUUUAGACUGCCACCUAAUAGGAGCCGUUCGUUUCUCUUCAGGCGGUUCGUGCCGUGUCAGUCUGUCGUUCUCCGUGGCAAUCUUGUGUUGCCGUCUACAGAUGCUUGAUGUAUUGUUGUGUGCAUACAUUUAUUAAAUAAAUGCUAUGUUCAUACGGAGAAGUU